AUGGCACUAGACGAGAGCGCGCGUUUCGGACAGGCCCGAUAUUACCACGACAAGAAGGCCUUCAUCCACUCACAAGUCAGACUCCUCGAGGCUCCCAUUACGCUGCCAAAGGACUGGAGAAACCGUCGCGCUAGAUUGACAGCCGAGGGAGAACCAUACAAAUCUGUUCCAGAUGUUGCAGUCACCGCCGCUCUUUCCAGAGUUCACGCUGAUACCGAAAAGUCGCUGCGACUGUCGUUCAACAGUCAGUCAAUACGACAGCUCCUGGAGCAGCUAGAGUCUAGUCAACAUGAGCUGAGGAAGAAGGCAAGCCAAGGAGGAAUUAUCAUCAGGACAAAGUCAGUACCGGAGCUUCUUGAGUCCGACUGGAUCGAAUCGUUCCCGCAGAAUUGGCAGCACAGACAGGGCAAUGACGCGAGGUCUUCAGAAGCACCACUCGACUCUUCCCGUGUUCAAAAGUAUUCGGACCUUCGUUCCAGAAUUGUCACCCUGCAAGCCAAGUAUCAAACAUUGAAGGAAAAGCACGAGUAUUACAAGAACUUGCAAUACGAGAUUCGACAGCUGGAUGCUGGAGAGAUUCAAAAGAACAUGCUCACACCAGACUCUCAGGUGGUCAAAGAGCUCGAAAAGAUGAAAGUUUUACUUCCAAAACUCAUCAAGAUACUGGACACAAGGCGGGAUGCCAUCUCAGGGAGGCGGAAACGAAAGUCGGUUUUCGAUGAUCCUGUGUUCGAUGAGGUCGAUCUUUAG